AUGGCGACUGCAUUCCAUCUCUUCUCCGACCUGCCCGCGGAACUGCGCGUGCGUAUCUGGCACGUUGCCCUCGAGGACGACUACGACGAUCUCAAUGGCCGCGAACGCAUCAUCGAGCUUCAUAGCUACAACCCAACGACAACGUCAAUCGCCAUCGCCGUGUCGCGUCGUUACCCAACGCUUUUCGAAGUCAAUCGCGAAGCGCGAUGUGAAGCUGCCAAAGCCGGUGGUGGAGAGUGGGUUACUGUCAACGCACGUUGCCAGAGCAGAUGUAAGACGAAGUACACGACCACCUUCAGCGUGUACAUAAACUUCUCGCAGGACGUCCUCUUCCUCUCCUCCCGAUUCCUCGUCGACAACGACGACCGCGGAGGACCAGGUAUCAGCAUCCCGGUGUGUCUUGAGGAGAAGAAAGUGCGUUUUUUGGUUAUCUUACUGCGUCCCAGCGUCAUCAAGAAGAUUGCGUACCUCGUGCUCACGGUAGUCCCCAGUCAAGGACUUCCGGGGGGUUCUUACAAGGGCAAACUUCUCGAGCUGUUCACUGGUCUCAAGCGCCUCCAUUUCCAUUCUCACCCUCGUUCCUCUGACCUUCUUCGAAUCUGUGAAUCUGUCGGACGACAUCUACAACACGUCUGGAAGGUCUCCGACGCAGGACCACCACAGGUGUCCCACCAACAGAUGUUUCCCCAGAUGUUCCACCCCAAUGAGCGGGGUAAUAUGACUUGGCUCUUAGAUUCUGGCGUCAUACAUGUGGAGGCUGACGGCAUUCGCAAGGUCGAGUGGGGAUUCAGGAAGGACCUGUGGGUUCCGAGGGCGAAGAAGAACGGAUCGGGGACUCUGCGAAAGAUUGCUUAG